AUGUGGCGCAGCCGCGUGUCGCCGGGCCUCCGGGAGGCAAAGGCCGACGCCGCAUCCAGGCGCUUCUCCACCACCUCACUAUCCCCUCUUCCUCCUCCUUUCUUCUAUCUUCCCCAUCUCUCUCACCCGACCCGCCCUCCCCGACCCAUACUGCGCCGCCCCCGCGCCCCCGCCGCCUCCCCCGCUCCGACCCUCGCCCCGGCGGCGACGAGCCCUUCCGCCCCCACCAUCUCUGUCCCGUUCGAGGUGAGGCCCUCGCCUGGCCGCCCUGCCCGGCCGCCCGGUCCUCCCCAUCCCAAGGUCAGGGGCUCCGCCGUCAAGUUCCUCUCCCACCCCAAGGUCAGGGGCAAGCGGCUAGGGUUUCUCCCGCGUCGCCUCCCACCUCCCGUCCCCGCCCAGGCCACCAUGUUCCAGCUAGGCUCCGCCCCCGGGAAGGGCUUCUGGGCGCGGCACCGGUGGAAGAUGCUCCUCUCGCUGGGCGUCGCCGGCGCCGGCUACGCGGCCUACCGCUUCUACGACACGCACCAGAAGCAGCUCGUCCGGGUGGAGCAGCGCCGAGGAGGAGCGCGCCGCCGAUGAGAUCAUCAAGAAUCAGUGAGCACACAAACCCAAACCACCACCAGAUUUGUUUUUCUUGUGUAUGUAUUGGUGGGUGAUGCAGGGUACCCUGUGAUGUGCUGCUUAUAGCAAUAUCGUCUUAGCGCUAGCAAACUACAGUAGUUCUGUGAUGCAGAGGAUCUCGGAUACAACCACGCUGCCAUUUGCUAUGCACUACCUACGUUCGCGGAUAAUGGAGGAGCUGGAUACUUCGCACCUGACCGAGAGGCUGCUGCAAGGGUGGAGCGGGCUGGACGACGCUGAA